UGUAGGCAUUAAUGAGCUUCCAUACAGACCACAACACUCUAAGUAUGGUGUUGUGGAGUUUGUUUCUCGCCUUCAUGGUACUUCUGCUGUAUGUAUGGUGGAAGAAAACUUCCCGAGACCCGGCCUUACCCCCAGGGCCGCCCACUGUGCCCUUUCUGGGAAAUAUUCUGUCUAUAUCCCCUGACUCGAUGCUGGAGAGUUUUCAGACUUACAGGAAGAAGUAUGGAGAUGUUUUCAGUCUGAUUACUGGCACCAAAACAAUGGUCAUUGUGAAUGGACUGGACACAAUACGAGAUAUUUUCAUCAAACAUGGCGACAUUGUUUCUGAAAGGCCGGAUACUUUUCUAACUAAGGAAAUAUCCAAGUAUAAAGGAAUCAUCUCUGCUUCGGGGGAGUUUUGGAAAGAACAUAGAACAUUUUCUCUCAAUGCCCUCAGGGAAUUUGGAUUUGGAAAACGAAAUUUGGAAUCGAAGAUAAUGGAAGAAGUGGUAGUUCUUGUUCAGGAACUUCAGUCAAAGAAUGGACAACCGUUCAACAUUAGAACGUUGCUGGCCGUCUGUGUAUCAAAUAUAAUGUGUUCUAUCAACUUUGGUCAGAGAUUUGAACAUGACGACAAAAGCUUCGUUUCGCUAAUCCAAUUGAUCAAUGAAAAUGUUAGCAAUGGCAGCAUCCUGUUUUUAGCAAAUAUCUUUCCAUUCUUGAGGUAUGUUCCUGGGGAUCCUUUACGAAUCAGGAAAGUGUUGAGCAAUGCUGCUGUAAUCGAAGAAUAUAUCAAUCAAACUGUCAAAUACCACGAAGAAAGCUUUGAUGAGAACAAUAUAAGGGAUUUCAUCGAUGCUUAUUUGAAGAAAAUAAAAUCCGAGGAAAGCAAUACUCGGACAACUUUCAAUGCGGAACAGCUGGUGCUGAUUGUGGGAGAUCUCUUCGUCGCUGGAACAGAGACUACAUCGACAGCACUACGGUGGUUUGCUGUGUUCAUGAUCAGAAAUCCGGAAGUUCAGGAGAAGAUGCGCAAAGAAAUUAGUGACGUCAUAGGAAAUUCUAGGUAUCCUAGUAUGACCGAUAAAAUUAAUCUACCAUACACGGAGGCAGUUCUUCAUGAAGUUCUCCGAAUGGGGUGUAUUGUGCCAUUAGCUCUACCCCAUGGAUUGAACACCGACUUGAAAUACAAGGAUUUCAUUAUUCCGAAAGACGCUAUUCUAAUUCCAAAUUUACAUUCAAUCCUCUUCGAUCCAGAUGUUUUUGUGGAUCCAAAAGUCUUUCGACCAGAGAGAUUUCUUGACGCUGAUAGGAAGCUUGUAAAUACUGAACAAGUCUUGACAUUUUCCCUUGGUCGUCGUGUUUGCCUGGGUGAAUCUCUGGCUAGGAUGGAGCUAUUCUUGUUUGCUACAACUUUAGUACAGCGAUUUCAAAUCCUACCCGCUGAUCCCGCGCACCUGCCUCCGGUCAAAGGAGUCUUGGGAGUGAGUUACGCUCCGGAGGACUUCCUACUUAAGACAUUGAAUAUCUAAAACGGGCAUAGAUAAAGCUGAAAAAUAAUGUAAACUACUGAAGUAUAUACCCCUCCUCUUUUUAACCGUUAACACAAUGUCAUACUUUAAAGGAAGACGUGUUCUUUAUUCCAAUCAUGCAUAUAUUUUGUAUCGUUAAUAGAACAUAUGUAUUACUUUACCAUGGUCAAACACCUAUUCAAGUUUAAGGGAAGAUUUUGCAACUUUUACAUCUACCUUAUACAUAUGCAUGUUAUAUGUGAUAAAAGUUGAAUCUUUUAAAGGGACUGAUUCACGAUUUUCCCCAAAAUUUUGUUUUCACUUUUAAUGAUCAAAAUAUAUUGUCUAAUGUGUUUAAAAGAUUUUACAUAAGAAUUAAGGUUAUACAUCAUCACAGAAGCUCAAUUUAGAGAGUUUAUUAUUUGUUUUGUAAACAAAUUUGCGGUAUGUUAUUGUUUACGAAAUUUUCAAAAGAAAUGGAUAUCGAUCUAAGUUUAUUAUAUCUUUCACAUUUCAAGCAUUCUUUGGGUAAAACGUGUCAUCUAAAAGUUAAAAUCUGUGACUAUGCAAAACUAAUAUGCUUUAUAUUACAGAAUUAACAUCUUAUGAUAAAUACUAACAAUGUACAAGUAAUUUCACUUCUAUGAUAAUACCACAUUGAUUUGUGAGUGCCCACCGUUCUUAAUUAUAAGUAUAUCGUAUCAUUGCACACAAACGGGAGGUGAAUGUGUUAAAUCUUUUUGUCCACUUUUCAGUUCAUGAGACAGAUAUGGGCAAUCAUUAGGCUGUACAAGUUAUAUGGGAAAUAUUAAUGCUAUUUACUGAUAUCAAUGAUAAUGUAUACGAGUAGUAAACGUCUUGUGACUUUUUUAAUUUCAUAUCACUCGAAGACCUUUGAAUAUUACAUAAGUUAUGUGACGUAUAUUACAUGUAAGUCAUAUGAUUUCGUAUAUUACAUAUAAGUUUCAUGUAUGUGACGUUGUAUAUUAUAUACAGGUUAUAUGACUUUGUACAUUACAUGUGAGUGACUUUGUAUAUUACAUAUUAGUCACAUGACUUUGUAUAUUACAUGUAAGUUACGUACCUUUAUAAAUUAUAUAUAAGUUACGUGACUUUGUAUAUUACUAUGUCACAUGACUUUGUAUAUUACAUGUAAGUCACAUGACUUUGUAUAUUACAUACAAGUCACAUUACUUUGUAUAUCACAUAUGUCACAUGACUUUGUAUAUUACUGUAAGUCACAUGGCUUUGUAUAUUACAUGUAAGUCACAUGACUUUGUAUGUUACAUAUAAGUCACAUUACUUUGUAUAUCACAUAUGUCACAUGACUUUGUAUAUUACUGUAAGUCACAUGGCUUUGUAUAUUACAUGUUAGGUGAUUUACAUUCUGAAAUGUAACCAAUUUGAUAAUUUAUACAGCUUUUUGUCUUAAUAUACAUGAUAUCAUUUGUUGUAAAUCAUAUUGAAAUAACGUAGAAUAUAAUUCGUACAUGACCAUGUAGAUAGGGCGUUUGUAAUAAUUUGUACAGCUUUUGGUAUUGAUAUACAUGAUUAUUUUGUUGUUGUACUAGUAAAUCAUAUUGAAGUUAAGUACUUCGUUACUAGCUUGGAAAUACGGAUGUAUAUUCAAUUGCUGGGAUAAAACUUAGAAAUUCAUUUCAAAAUUAAAAAUUAUCUCCUCAU